AGCGCUCAGUCAAUAGUCGCUUUCUGUUUUUCGCAGUGUCACAGGCUUUAAACUCCAAACACUUUGUACACACGCGAAACACUCCAACACACUUUUAGACAGCGAACUCCAUGGCUUCUAAACAACACUCCGGCUUGUGUACCGUUCAGUUUAUCCGCUUCUCGGGAUUUUUACAACUCCUAGAUGUCAGAGUGUGGUAGUGUCCCAGCUCCAGCGGCUACCCUCGGCAGGCCUCUCUGCACGCCGAGGGAGCAUCAGUCCUCCCACGCGUUUGGGUGGGUCCAGCUCGGUCACAGAGGCAGCAUGGGCCCGGUGUCCUGCUAGCUUCUGCUGCCAGUGACUAAGAACCUACACAAAGGAAUGAACUACUCAAGACCUAACCUGUUUUAGCUUGGAUGGUAGUGCUAACGGAGUUGGGCUGUCAGAAUGAACGGCACUCAGCAGACUGAUACAAAGAGACAGCAUCUCCUGGAGAGGCUUCUGGACGCUGUCAAACAGUGCCAAAUCCGCUUUGGAGGAAGAAAGGAGAUUGCCACAGACUCAGACAGCAGGGUCAUCUGUCUGUGCGCUCAGUUUGAAGCGGUGCUGCAGCACGGCCUGAGGAAGAGUCGAGGUCUGGCCCUCACGGCUGCUGCUCUUAAACAGGCAGCAGGUUUCAGCACCAAAACUGAAGCAGAGUUGACGUUCUGGUUCUAUGUGAAGGAGCACCUGAACCGACAUGAGCUCCAGCGGUUCUACUCCCUUCGUCACAUCUCUUCGGAGCUUGGUCGAGGUCGUGCCUGGCUGCGCUGCGCCCUCAAUGAGCACUCACUGGAGCGCUACCUGCACACGCUGCUGGCUGACCGGCCUCGCCUGGGAACAUAUUAUGAAGACUGGGCUUUUAUCCUGGAUGAAGAGAGAGCAAGCAUGCUCCCUACUAUGGCUGCAGGUUUGAAUUCCAUCCUGUUUGCCAUCAACAUCGACAACAGUGACCUGAAUGGCGGGGUAACUCGAGGUGGAGGCCCAUCGGUGUCCCACCUCCUCAAGGAAUCCACGCAGGGCAUCGGCAGCCUGUGGAAGGAGUCGACUCAGGGGGUCAGCAGCCUCCUGCGAGAAAUCAGCACCGCCACAGCUGUGGUACCAGGCUUCACCCCUAGAGUGGAUGGAGCCUCUGAUCCGCUACCUGUACUUCCACGCAGCACCUCUGCUGACUCAGGUCUGAGGAAAGAGCGCCGGAGGAAAAAGAAAAUCACCAACAUCAUUUCCUUUGAUGAUGAUCUGGAUGGAGGGGCAGAGGAUGAGGAAGAGGGAGAGGAUGACUCGCACAAGAUGGGGAUGGUGAGGAAGAGUCACACGGCCCCAGCUCAGAGCAGCGUGGAGGAGGGAAUCGACCCUUUAGAACCGGUGUUCUCAGAGUCACCAGCCCAGAAUGGCCUGGCUGAGCAGGGCAUCGUCAGCUGGGUGGGGUCUCCACACCCAUCUCGUACAACUCCAACAACUUCACCUCCACUGCCAGACAGUAAGAGUAUAGACAACGAGGAGGAGGAGGAAGAGGAGGAGAUGUACAAACCCAGAGCACAAACCCAAGAGGAGGAGAGGAUCAGCUCAGAUCAGGUGGUAGUGGGCAGUUUGUCCAGUGUGUCCACGUGGAGUCCCCUACAGGUGAUGACAGACCACAGCAGCUCAGACAUCCUCAUCCCUCUGAACCCCGCAGACCCUCAGCCAGUAAGCUCAGUGGAGGACUCGGCUGCAUUUCCUGCUCAGUGUGAGUCAACAGGACCAGUAGGUAACUGCGAGAGCGACAGACUGCAGCUCCCAUUCAAUAUGGAGUCCAGUCCGCCGUCACAGUCUGCUACUCUCUCCAGUGUCCUGCCAGCAUCUGGUCUGCCAGAGUCCAUGACAGUGGUUGAGCUGCGUCAGGCCAUUGUAGCCAUGAUGAACAGGAAAGACGAGCUGGAGGAACAAAACACGUCACUUCGCAGCCUGUUAGACGGGGAGAUGGAACACUCAGCAGGCCUGAGGCAGGAAACUGAGCUGCUGAAGAGGAAGCUGGCAGAGCUGGAGGAGAGACAUACAGCUAAAGUCCAGGCCCUGGCCAGGGAGAAUGAGGUCCUGAAGGUCCAGCUGAAGAAGUAUGUGGGGGCAGUACAGAUGCUGAAGAGAGAGGGGAGCCAGGGCAAUGACGCUUUGUCGAUGUUACGAUCAAGCGAAGACGCUGUUCCUGUUCCUCAGAACAAGUUCAUGGGCGACAUCGAGGAGCUGGCGGCCAGCUAUGAACGCAAACUCAUUGAGGUGGCCGAGAUGCACGGUGAGCUGAUAGAGUUUAAUGAACGCCUGUACCGUUCCCUCAUGGCCAAAGACCACCUGAUUGUCCAAAUGAGACAGGAACUCAUUGAUCUGCGAGGACCGGUUCCAGGUGAUUUAAGUCAGACGUCAGAUGAUCCCAGCCUGUCAGAUUUUGAAACAGCUCACCGCGCUCUCAUCAACGUGUGGAUCCCCUCUGUGUUCCUACAGGGCAGAGCUGCCAAUGCCUACCACGUCUAUCAGGUGUACAUCCGCAUCCUGGACAAUGAGUGGAAUGUGUACCGACGUUACACGGAGUUCAGGGAGCUUCAUAACCAUCUGAGAACUCAGUUUCCACAGGUGGACGCCUUCAGCUUUCCACCCAAGAAAGCCAUAGGGAACAAGGAUGCCAAGUUUGUGGAGGAGAGACGGAAACAGCUGCAGGGCUACCUUCGCAUGGUGAUGAACAAAGUGAUUCAGGCGCUGCCGGAGUUCACAGCCCGCCCCACCAAAGAGACCCUGCUGUCUUUGCUGCCUUUCUGCCUAGACACACCCCAGGCUAAUGACGGGGGAGCCAAGACGCCACGUUCCAAAAUGUCCUCCCGCUUUCCUAGACUAGGCCGCAACCGCAACCAGGAGGCCAGACCCGAACCCCAGAGUGGUGACCUUUAACCAGAGAUGGUAUGAACUACUAAUCUCCUGAAGGCAGAGGACACCAUCAUUGUGCAUCUGUGGACUGUGACACAUGGACUCAGACUGUGUGAUGACACUGUCGGCAUCUGACGGACCUUCAAAGCCUUACAGAUAAAAAGCCGCAGUAGAGGAGUGGAGAUAGAGCAGCGUAGGACUCUACAGGCGAAUAUGUAAAUGUGUCUGCGUGUUGCCUGGAUGACUAAAGGAUAAAUGAGUCUCCCGAGGCUGCAUAUCGACGGACCCAAUCACACAGCACCUCUUACCUCACUGAGAGACAAAAAGCCUCACACUGCACAUGGACUAGCCUGGACUUAAACUCUCUUAUCUACGACACAAUGAGAUGACGGGGAUUCUUUUUCUUACUUGGCUUAGUUUUGUAGUUAAAGUGUAUCAUGGUCACAGUGCCUACAGUGUUUUGUAGCUGCUUUACUGCUCUGGGUUGGGGUGGGAGGAAGGAAAAGGAGAGGUAACUUAAAGUAUGAAGUUUGUUUUUUCCAGCUCAUGUUGUCAGCAUUAUUGUGCCAAGCCAUUUUAGUCUAGGAUAAUUCACAAUCUCUGGCGUGGACCACCAGGCAAUGGGCAUUCCAUACUUGUGUUACUUAUAAUACUGCAGCUUACAGAUAAUAAUCUGCAGAAAGUAUCACAUCUCUCAGAGGGAGAUGCAGCAGUUACCAAACAUAUCAUUCAGACGGUGAGCUUAAUAAAGGAUUAGGGUCAGAACAUAUUUAAAAAGGCAUAAAUCAUUGCUGUUAUGUAGAAAUGUCUUGUACCACAUUACAAUAAAGGUAUCUUUAUAAAUGAGUUAUAAAUUGAUUAUAAUUGGGUUGUAAACUCUCCACUAUUAACACUUUAAAGAAGUUAACAGUUGUUGAUUCUUGCUCACUAUUUGGCAAGGUUGCUGUUAAAUCUCAGAUCUUGAUAGUUGCUCAAGUUACCUUGCCUUAUUUCUUUAUCAGUCACCAUGAUAAGCUAUGUACUAGAGGGUCCUACAGAGUAUCCUUUAAAACAGGCAAAACAAAACCUUAUCGUAAAGUAUAACACAGUUCAACAAAUUCAUUAAUGACUUACUAACAUUUAAGACACCAACCAAAUUCAGGUGUCAUUGGCCAACCAAGAAGCUGUGAUCCUUUCUCUUGUUAUGAAUCCAAUGUGUACAGCAGUAAACAUGUGUAAGAAAUACCUAUGAGUGUUAGUGUUUUCACACUCACUAUUUAGUAGUGCUAGUGUUAAUGCUAACAUGUUUUGCUAGCUUAGAGUUAUAAAGCAUCACUGGCAGUAGUUUGCAUAACACAGCACUGCUGCUAAAUUGCUCAUGUAACUAAAAUUAUAUCCAUAUUAUGGGCUGUCUCUUUGUUAUAACAUAUAAUACAUUCACUAUCAUUAAUAAUAUAAAAGCGUACACUUGGUUAGAAAAUACCCUCUUAGCUUAACUUUUAGAGGGAUCUACUACCAUGCUAAUCACUAGCACACUAACUGCUAUCAUCUGUUUAGCCUCAGUUUCUCAAAGAACUUCAAUUAUCUUUAUUAUAUAGUAUAUAGAAUGUUUUGGGUUUUUUUUUUUUGCCUAUACACAAACUACAAUUAACACAAAGCUAGAAAACAUUUAGACAACAUUAAAUUAUUAAUUGGACAUUUAGUGACCAUGUGGUUUACAGUUUAGUUACUCAUUAUGAAAGGACCAAAAAGCUUACAAAGGUUAAAUUAUCAUUCGUUUCUUAUCAGAGCUCACUUAAUUUUAGGGAUACACACAGUCCAGGACAAAUGUUUGGAGAUACAGACAGGAAACCUGGCUGACCACUACUUGCUAACUAGACUUCCAUUGCACUAAUGAAAGAUGUGUGACUGCAUGUUGUCUGUAUCAGACAGGGCUCCAUUCAUAUACUUGUUUCAUUCAGUUAAUUUAAUGCCAAAUUUAACCUUUUGAAUAUUAAAACAUGCUGAUGGUGGUGGUUAAAUGGUAGAAGCUGUUAUUAAUAUAUCCCAAAUGAAGAUGAAGGUAUAAAUAGUGCUGAUUGAAAAGGAAGGUAGCUCUGUAACCACAUGAUCUGAGAUAUAACGGCAAACAGAAUAUGUACUCAGAAUUUGGUAAGAACAGGUCAGUAUUGUCAUUGUUUUCAUAGGUGUUUUAGAGUUUCUUACAAGUUCGACCAUAAUAACCUGGUCAAAUGUGACUCAUAAAUACUUUAUUGUAUAGUGGUACCCAAAUCUUUCGUAAAAUAUCUUAGAUCAGUUUCAUGUACAGUACCAGAGUACCUGCCGCAGCAUAUAUGAUGAAUUUAUGUCAUUAAGUAGAAAGGAGGGAAAGCAUUUUUCCUCUCUUAGAAACAAUGGGAAAUCACCAUUCCAGGGGGUUCAUCCUCUUUAUCAAAGGUUGGCCGGCUAUACUACAAAAGAAAAAAAAGAUGGAUUGUUUUAACUAAUGUGUCUUAGAAGGAUUUAAUGCAGCGUUAUGUUGCAAUGAAUGUUUUAAUGAUGACUAAACACUUGAAGAAAGGCUGCUUGUUAAGAGAUGUGAGGAAAAGGGCUGCCAAGCAUCAAUUGUGUGUGUAAAACAGAAGCUCAUGCAUAUGUAUGGAUUACCCAAGAGUAGUCAGACACUAUGUUGAAACAAGGAGUGAUUUCUUUAGUGGGGGUUUCGGAAAACUUGAAUCAAAGGGUUGGCUGUUGGAACAGUAAAUACUAUUCAACGUUGAUGAGCGUGAAGAGAACAAACAAGGCUGGUGUUUUUUAAUUAAGGUGUUAUUCUUACACAGAAAUGGUCCACACGAGAAUCCCCAGUGUUUUCUGGAAAGUCUCACAUGGAUGCUGUCAGACUUUCUCUUGAACCUUUUACAGAGUUGGCUAAUGUUGAGCUGAUAAAACAUCGAUAUAGAAAAGAGUGUGUUGCAUUAGAACAUUAACAUUCAAAUAAAUCUUGUAACCAGUCUGAUAUCAGCAUUGUAUGUACAAGUGAAAUAUGGGUUUCUGUUUCUGUUUUUGAAAACUCUUCUAUGCUCUGAAACUGUAAGACAAUACAGUUGGGGAUAUUUAACUGUAGGUGCAGCGCUGCCUCUUACAAAUCUGAAAAACAUUUUUACAGCAGUGGUUGUAACCUGUUCAGGGCUGUAUAAGUCAGGCAGCAAUGUCUGACAAUAGCAGACAUAAUUUCCUUCAGAUGUACUGUAUUUUAAUUGUCAUUUUUUUAACGAACCAAUGAUCAAAAACCUAAAGGAAAAACUAAAACAUCAAAUCUUCAAACAUGUUAGAGGCUGCAAUUGGAUAUUUUAGACUUUUUCUUGGAAAAUGACUUGUCAUUGCAGCUCUUAAUCACUUUUUCAAGGAACCAAUCAUAGGUCCAAUUUCUCUCCACGAGAAUAUAUGUGUACAGUUACUAUAAUAUACAUCAUUCAUUAAAAUAGUUUUUAACAGAACCUGGAGGCAACUUUACUCAAAAAGUGUUUUCCACCAUUUUCAUUUCCAAGAGAAACUGAAGUUGGUAGUGGUCCGGAUAACUUUAGUUCUGCUGGACUAGUUUCUUAAAACGUCAUAAUACACACCAGGUCACUAGUGACCCAUUUUAGGGUUAUAGUUAUAACAAAAACAAUAUAAGGCCAACAUGUAUGACAACAUAUUCGACUAUGUUCACACUGUAGAUCUUCAUGCUCAAUUUUGAUUGAAAGUCUAAAAAUCUGACUUUUUUGUGGUUUUUCACAUUAUUAUUAUUAUUUAAUUGUCACUCCUAGUAGACUCACGUCUACAACCCUGAAGUGACCCGCUUCCACAGAGUUAGACAUGACAUCACAUGCUGCACACUGUGUUUACGGAAGUACAAGGGGGCUUCAAAAAGUUAAUGGAAAGUUAAUGGUUUAAAUCACACGGCCCUCAGUUUUACACAGAUGUACUUAAAGACUGCUAUCAAUGCUUGCACAAGUGUGCUGACCUAGAUGGAGCAUAUGUUGAAAAAUAAACUUCAUAACUUAAACUGUUUUUUCCGUCUGUUCUUUUUCCAAACUUUUUGAAGCCCCCUUGUGAAUAUGAAUCUUACCAGAUCCCGCCUCCUCCAGUGCAGAAUUGUGACGUCUGUCACAUUUCGGUGUGUACAAAGUCAGAUGAAAUGACCAUUCACACUGAAGUUGUAUUGCAAAACAUCAGCUAUAUAUUUGAUUUAGGACCACAUAUGAAAGUAGCCUGGGUCCGAUUUGAAAAGAUUGGACUU